AGAGGGUGGGAGGGGAGAGGGGUUAUUCCCCAGAGUCAGCGCUUGGCUGCAGGCAGUCGCGGCCCGCCAGGUCAGCCAGGGGCACCGAGCGAGUCGCUGCUGAAGCAACAUGGCACAGCCACGAGUGAAGACGCUGCUGCUGCUGCUGGGAUCGGCGCUGUGCCUGAGUGUCGCGUUCCUCGGCCGCCCAUGCGCCGCCGGCUUCAUGGACCAUCUCUCCAAAACCAAGUUCUGUGCCGACAAGGAAUGUACCUACGUCAUCUCGAUGGGCCAAGCCACUGGAGACUACUCGGCUCCCGACUGCAGGUUCAUCAGCUUCAAGAGCGGCCAAAGCAUCUUCAUCUACUCCAAACUGAAGCCCUACGACGGCGAGGAGUACUGGCUGGGCAGCGUCUACAACGCCCAGGACGUGGCUCAGAUGGGGGUGCUGGGCUACUUCCCGAAGAGCAUGAUCGGCGAUGUGCACGAGUUCGCGCCGGCCAAGAUCAAGCUGCCGACCAACGACUUGGACUUUUACUGCGACUCUUAAAAAUGGGAGAACACUGCACGGAUGAUUACCCCAAGAGGAAAAGCAGGAAUUACAGCAAGUGCAGGAAUUCCAGGAAAAGCAGGAAUUCCAACAAGUCUCGAAGCUUAUUUUGACAAGACCGAAAUGUAUGGGGCGAUUGCUCGGCAAGCACUUCGUUUAACCUACCGUGCUUAGUGGCAAUACUCAUUAUUGUAAAGCUUGCAAUUGCUACUUUUGAAACGUACGUAAAAUCAUUUAUUCUGAUCCAAGACGGUGAAUUUCGCGUUCGCUGAAAUAUUAAAAUGGUUAAGAACAAAGAGAUGUUUAAGAACAAAGAUGGUUAAGUCCGAAGAUGUGAAGAAAUGGAUGGGUUCUUAUCACAACCAUUCUGUCUCGCUGCCAUAUUUGAUUAAAAACCAAUUACGGUUUGCCAGAAUGGCACACGUCCCGCGUUUGCUUUGAUCGCGAAUUUUAAAUAAAAUAUUUUGCCUCGA